GUCUCCCCAUUUCGAUUUUGAAUACAGACCAACAUUCUCCUCAUUUACAUCUCAUCUCCGAUCGAAAUGGAUGGCGUCGAGAACGGCAGCGCUGAGCCGGAACAAUCAGCGUUAAUAUUCCUGGGAACCGGUUGUUCCAGCGCAGUUCCCAAUGCAUUGUGCUUGAUCCGCCCCUCCCAUCCUCCUUGUUCCGUCUGUUCCCAGUCUCUUACUCUACCGCCUGAUCAAAACCCUAAUUACAGGUGUAAUACAUCUCUGCUUAUUGAUUAUUGUAAAGACAAUGGUGCACACAAGUACAUAAUAAUUGAUGUUGGGAAGACGUUUAGGGAGCAAGUACUUCGGUGGUUCACUCGUUAUAGAAUUCCUCAAGUUGAUUCUAUUAUUUUGACUCAUGAGCACGCUGACGCAACUCUCGGCUUGGAUGAUAUCCGUGCAGUGCAACCAUUUAGUCCGACAAAUGACAUUGAUCCGACACCAGUGUACCUGACUCAAUAUUCAAUGGAUAGCAUUGUUCAGAAAUUCCCUUACUUAGUCCAGAAGAAACUUAAGGAAGGCCAAGAAAUCAGACGUGUAGCACAACUUGAUUGGCAGAUUAUUGAAAAUGACUCUGAAAAGCCGUUUGUUGCAUCAGGACUAGAAUUUGUUCCAUUGCCAGUAAUGCAUGGCGAAGAUUACGUGUGCUUGGGGUUUCUUUUUGGUAAAAAGUUCAGAGUUGCAUAUAUAUCUGAUGUUUCACGCUUUCUUCCAACUACUGUAUCCUACAUUUCAAAAGAUAGUGGUCAGCAACUAGAUCUGCUCAUUUUGGACACACUCUAUAAGAACGGUUCCCACAAUGUCCACCUUUGCCUUACUCAGACUCUCGAGGCAUUGAAGAUGCUAUGUCCAAAGAGAGCUCUGCUAAUUGGAAUGACUCAUCAAUUUGACCACCACAAAGAUAAUGAAUUCCUCGCGGAAUGGUCUAGAAGAGAAGGUAUAGCAGUUCAACUUGCACGUGAUGGAUUACGGCUCCCUGUUAACCUAUAAAGAGAUGAUACUGCUCCAUGGACAAAAAGAGAAUGCCCUAAGACUGACUAAAGGCUCUGAGAGCAUCCUUUUGAUCUGUGAUUUUAUACAUGGAUAUAGUGAUGGAUCACACCUGAGAUUUUUUUACCUGUACCAGUACUAGGGGAUGAUAUUUGUACUAGUUAUCUGUAUUAACUAGCUGGGGCAUGAUGUAACAUUGAUGUCCAUGUUCACCAUAUUUUACUUGUGUAUGUUCUUGUAAUCUUGUCAUUUUCUGGCAUACACCGUGAAUCAAGUUGAAUACUAGUCAUUUCUUAAGCUAUAUGAAAAUGAAACUUUUUAAUGGGAA